UGCGUGGCUGUCUCUCUCCCCUCCACAACUCAUCCGCAACCGCAACGCAGCACUUUGAUCCUUUUUCGAUUGCAGUUUUGUUGCAAUUGCUGCAGCACAUUCCCGUUCCAUAAAUUUCACAAAAAGUGCUAGAUUUUAGUCAGUUUUGUUUGAAAGUGUAAGAUCAAAAAGUGUGAAAAUGACGGCCCUCACUUGGGAAGAGAAGGAACAGCUGAUUACCCGGAACCUGCAGGAGGUUCUGGGCCAGGACAACAUGCGAACCAUUCUGAAGGAACGGGACCUGAAAGUGUACUGGGGAACGGCCACUACCGGUAAGCCACACAUUGCCUACUUCGUGCCGAUGUCCAAGAUUGCAGAUUUCCUAAAGGCGGGUUGCGAGGUGACGAUUCUGUUCGCGGAUCUGCACGCCUAUCUGGACAAUAUGAAGGCCCCGUGGAGUUUGCUGCAGGAGCGUACCAAGUACUACGAAGCGGUCAUUAAGGCUAUGCUGUCUUCGCUGGGAGUGCCGCUGAACAAGUUGAAAUUCGUCUGCGGAACAGAUUAUCAACUUUCGAAGGAGUACACUUUGGAUGUGUACAAGUUGUCUUCGGUAGUGACCCAGCAUGACGCCAAGAAGGCCGGAGCGGAGGUUGUGAAACAGGUGGAACAUCCACUGUUGUCGGGAAUCUUGUACCCGGGACUGCAGGCCCUGGACGAGGAAUAUCUUAAGGUGGACGCCCAGUUUGGAGGUGUGGAUCAGAGGAAGAUUUUCACUUUUGCAGAGAAGUACAUGCCACAGCUGGGAUAUGCCAAGCGGAUCCAUUUGAUGAAUCCGAUGAUUCCCGGUUUGGCCGGUGGCAAAAUGUCUUCCAGUGAGGAGGAUUCCAAGAUUGAUUUGCUGGACAGCGCAGCGAAGGUGAAGUCUAAGAUUAAGAAAGCUUUUUGCGAGCCGGGCAACAUUGAGGACAAUGGGCUGCUGAAGUUCGUCAAGCAUGUGAUCUAUCCGAUGUUCAAGGCGGGAGAUGGUUUCGAGAUUAAGCGCAAGGAAGAGUUCGGUGGGGACAAGAAGUUUGAAAAGUACGAAGAUUUAGAAGCAAUGUUCGCUGCACAGGAAUUGCACCCAGGAGAUUUGAAAGCCGCCGUUGAGAUCUACAUCAAUCGGUUGCUGGAUCCGAUUCGUAAGGCCUUUGACGAUGACUUCCACAAAGCGCUUACAGAGCGAGCUUAUCCUACUGGAGCGACAGCAAAGAAGGGUGCAGCAGCUCAGGCCACCGGAGAGAACACACCCGACAAGGUGGAACUGAAGGUUGGCCAAAUCCUGGAGGCAACCAAACAUCCCGAUGCCGACACCCUCUGCAUCCUGACCGUAGAUAUCGGAAACGACACGAAAAAGUCCAUCGUUAGCAACCUGAUGGCUUACUACGGCCUGGAGGAUUUGAAGGGACGUUCGGUGGUGACGUUGACCAACAUGAAGUCCUCGAAGAUCCGUGGAGUGGAAAGUGAAGGUUUGGUGCUGUGCGCCUUCAAUCAGGAGAAGUACGAGCCGUUGGUAGUGCCGGAAGGAGCCAAGGUUGGUGAGCGCCUCAUCGUAGAAGGUUUUGACAACACGCAAGCUGAAGUGCCGCAGUUGAACCCCAAGAAAAAGGUUUGGGACAAGAUCCAAGCGGAACUGAAAACGAAUGCCGAUGGUGAAGCGCUAUGGAAGGAAUUCUCCAUGCUGACGCUGAAUGGCGAUAGGAUUACUAGCACACUGAAAGGAUGUAACAUCAAGUGAAGAUGAAGAGGAUUUCGCCAAACAAGAAACGAUUAUAGACGGAUCAGUCUACAAGACGCGGCAGUGAUGAAAUAUUUUUAAUUUAUUUAUCAGUUUGUGUUUUCAAGCAGCAGCAAUCGCCAUGUACACGCGCAGUUUCGAUCAUAUUUUGCAUUUCAAUGAUUCGUUGCGAGUUGAAUAAAUCUCAUAUCGUUGGAACGAACCUAUUCA